CAACUUUAAGGAUCGAGGGGUAAACAAAAGUCAGUCUGCUAUGAGUUUCUUUAUUUUGUUGUAAUAUUUUUGUACCGUAAUGCCUCCAAAAAAGAAAAAAGGAAAAAAAUGGGGAAAAGAACAGAAAAAAUUGCUAACUAUAGAUGGAAUCCCUUUAGCAGAUAUGACAAGAGAGGAGCUGAUUGAUCAUAUUAUUAGACUUCGUGAAGAAUUAGAACGAGAACGAGAAGAACGUAACUUUUAUCAAAUAGAAAGAGAUCAAAUCAACACAUUUUGGGAAAUAACAAAACAAGAAUUAGAAGAAAAAAAUUCUGAAAUUCUUUGUAAAGAAAUAGCUUUUGAAGAAGCAGAAAAUAAACACAAAAUGGAAAUAAAUUUAUAUAAAGAGAAAACUAAAUGUGUAUUAUAUGAAAAUCAUAAAAAUUUGAAUGCUGAAUGUGCAAAUGCCUUAAAAUCAUUAGAAAAAGCCAAAGAAUGUCAUAGGCAAGAAGAAAGUUUAUUAAUUGAAGAAAAAAGAAAUUUAGAAACAAAAUUAGAAAAUGAAUAUUUAAAUCAUUUAAAAAUUGUACAGUAUUUACAAUCUCACUUUACAAGAAAAGUAAGUGAAGUAGAAGAGUCAUAUAAUGAAAAAUUGAAGAGUGGUAAAAUUCAGCAAGAACAAGAAAUUUCAAUAGCAAAGAAGAAUCUUGAAUUGCAGAAAAAAAAAGAAAUUGAGGAAUUAGAAGUUCAGAAGAAUUUGUUUAUUGAUAAAUUAAUAUCAAAUCAUGACAAAGAAUUCACAGAUUUAAAAACAUAUUAUAAAGAUAUAACAGUAAAUAAUAUUGCAUUAAUAAACAUGAUGAAGAAACAAUUAGAGAUUACAACCAACAAUCAUAAGAGAAUAGAAUCACAACUAAAUGAAAAAAUAAAAGAAAAUCAAAAUCUUUCUGAAACAUUAAAACAUAUUCAAGAAGAAUUAAAAACAGCACAAAUUAAAGUAAAUCAUUAUGAUCAAAUUAAUUCAGAUCUUGAGAAAAAACGACAUAAAAUAAAAAAACUAGAAAAAGAAAUAAGUGAGAUAAUGGUACAGAAUGAAAUUUAUCAGCAGAAAUGUAAUCAGCUUCAAAAGGAAAGAAAAAAAAUGUAUUCAAAUUUUUUGUUAUUUAUACAAGAAUUACAACAGAAAAUGAACUUAAAGCAUUUAAUGUUAGAAAAGAAAGUUUUAACUCUUAAACAAGUAUUGGAAAAUAAAUCUGAACAAAUAAUUGACUUAGCAUCAAAUUUUAAGAUUGGUCCAGAUAUAACACCUAUGUUACCUAAAAAAAUUGAGUUAGUAUUGAAAGAAAAAGACAGUUUAAUCAUAGAUUUAGAACAAGAAAUUCUAAAAUUGUGCAAGAGCCAGGCUUUCAAUUUUCAAUCUUCAGCAAUUCAACAUAAGCUCACCUCAACCAAUAUAAGCAACAUCCAAUGAAGAUUAUUUAUAGCCAAGUACAUCCUGGAGAUUAACUGACUCUUUUCCAACUCGAACAGAUGCCUUUCUUUGUAGUUCCAGUUAUGUAGAUUCUGAAGAUUCUUGUCAUCCGCAGUCUUUAUGUACAGAGUCAGCUGAUUUAACACAAGUUAAAUUUUAUCGUAAAUGCAAGCAUAUGUCACUAUAGUCUUUCUGGACAAGAUCUGUAGUAAUGAUAGUGAAAGUAUCGUAACUUCCAAAACAUGUCUUUACACUUUAAAAAUAAUAGCAAAAGUAUUUUUAUUAGGUAAAAUAUCCAAAAAUAUAUUAUACACAACAAAUUUAUUUCAUAGCUAAUGUGUAAGAGAAAAUAAUUAAAAAAUUCUUCUGUAAAAUUUACUUUUAGUCAGUUACAUCGAGCCCUUCCUAUCAAUUUAUUGUACGUCCAAAAUUUGUAAAUAAAAUUAUUUUAAGUUUUAGGUGUAAAAUAAAACUUUUUCAAGAAACUGGGCUAUACUAUAUUGUAUAAAAAAUUCAUUACCUUUAUUUCAUCCAGCUGAUUUUUCCAAAAAGCAAACAUUUUUGGUCUAAUUCUAAUACCUGCUUCAGAUGAAAAAAAUUUUAAACAUUAUGAUGUUCUAAUAUGUCAAAUGCAGGCGAGCUGACACAAAUUUGGACGCAUCCUAUUGGUCGAUUCUAUGCAAAAAUUUUAAAUUUGAAUUUAUCUGUCAGCUCUAAAGGUAGUGAAUUUUUGUACAGUUUUAGAUGUGUUGUGGAAUUGUAACAUGUGACCCAAAUGAUUUUUUUUUCAUUAUGACAUCUUUUACACUAAUCAGGUUUUGAAUUCAACAGAACUUCUACUGUAUUCAAGGUUGCAUAAAUGGACAAAGAGAAAUACAGUAGUUAUAUAAUUAUUAAAUAUGUUUACUGAAAAAAAAAUUGCUUCUUGAAUAUUUGUUUUUGUGUUAUGUAUUUUCAUGAUAUUGUACUUAUUCACAUUUAUUGUGCAAGAAAAAUAUUAGAAAAGACAAAUUUUGCUUAUAUUUUAUAAGGGAAAAUAGAAUACUAACAGAAAUUUAAUUUUAUAAAAAAAAUUUACUGCACCAAGUGAAAUUUCCAAUCCCACAGGCCAUGCUCUCACUAUUUCCAUUAAGUUUGUAUGACUAGCAUGUUGCUCCAAAAUAACACAGCACAGAUUUCAAUGUAUAGCAAGUGUUGCAUUUCUGCAACACAUGGCCUGGGUGUUCUGCAUAGUUGGAACACAUGGCACUUAAGGCAUUAUAAGUAUCUCUUGAUUUUUUUUAUAUUACUGCCAUUUAUGCUUGAAAAACUUCUUUUUAAUACUUUGUUCUUUUCUUUCACAAAACUAUAGUCA